GAGAGAGCGAGCGAGAAGAGCGAGAGAGACGUGUGAUUUCUCUUUGUACCGAAGGAAGAGUUGAGGCCGGUUCCGCUGCUGCCGCCGUCUCUUUUCUUUUAUAUAAGCAGAGUUUGCAUGCUGUAAAUAGCCCAAUAAGCCGGUUACACUUUGCCGUUCACGGUACCCGUCGGCCCCUGUUGUUCCGCGGAAGCGGGCGGUCAAAGCCGGAGUCCCUUUGAGCGUUCUCGGACAACAAAAGCAUCAGGUCCCGGAGCUUCGUCCUCGGCUGCUUUCAAGUCACGCGUUCCUCCGACGGGGUUUUCCAGCGUCCACGCGCCGCAUUUCGCUCAUUUUCCGUCGCCUUUCCCCGCCCCCCCCGCAGACUUCAACACCUCCGGGGUGAGUUUUUUGCUGUUUUUUUUUACCCCCUUCACCGAGCGACCAUGGCAGCUGUAACGAGCCCGGAGACGAGCCCCCAGCCCCGGGUGUAUUUCCAGACGCCGGCCGGCGCCACGGAGGAGCCGGAGACCCCCGUUCGCAAGCAGGGACGCGUUACCGUCAAGUACGACCGCAAGGAGCUGAGGAAGAGGCUGAACCUGGAGGAGUGGAUUAUCGACCAGCUAACGGAUCUGUACGACUGCGAGGAGGAGGCCAUCCCAGAGUUGGAGAUUGACGUGGAUGAGCUGCUGGACAUGCCCAGUGACGUGGAGCGGGCGGCCAGGGUCAAGGACCUGCUGGUGGACUGUUUCAAGCCCACUGAGGACUUCAUCUCAGAGCUGCUCGACAAGAUCCGAGGGAUGCAGAAGCUCUCCACGCCUCAGAAGAAAUGAUGGCGCUCCCCCUUCUUCCCCCACGUCCGCCUCAGCCCUCACGUUUUGUCUUCCUGCCACUCCCCCACGCUGUUAGUUUGUGGUCGUUAUUCCACCUGAAGAGCGCUAACGGGACCUCAUUUCCUCUGGUUGUUGGGUCCUCUGUUCUAAAUGUAGAAGCCCUAUUAAUCACAUUUGUUUUUAUUUUUUAUUUUGUUUAACAAUAA